AUGGCUGCCAAUCUCAAGCUCGCCGCGUUGUGCCUCCUUCUCCUCGUCGUCUCCUCCCUCCCUCUGAUCGUGCACGCCGAGUGCGAGUGCGAGCAGGCCGGAGAUGAAGAACACGACAAGGCGGGUGCGCUGAAGCUCAAGAUCAUCGCCAUCUUCUGCAUCCUUGUGGCCAGCGCUGCGGGCUGCGGCAUCCCCUCGCUUGGGCGGAAGUUCCCGGCGCUGAGCCCGGACACGGACCUGUUCUUCGCCGUGAAGGCCUUCGCUGCGGGGGUCAUCCUCGCCACGUCCUUCGUGCACAUCCUCCCGGAAGCUUUCGAGAGGCUCGGCUCGCCGUGCCUCGUCGACGGGCCGUGGCAGAAAUUCCCAUUCGCCGGAUUCGUCGCCAUGCUAGCAGCCAUCGCCACCCUCGUUGUCGACACCAUCGCCACGGGGUACUUCCAGCGCGCGCACGCCAAGAAGGUCUCCGCGGCCGCCGGGUACCUGGAGGCAUCAGGCGCCGAUCACACGCAAGGCGGUCACUUCCACGGCGUGUCGGCCGCCAUCGCAUCGUCGUCGUUCGCGGGGGAAUCCGACGACGGCGAGCAGCUCAUCCGCCACCGCGUCAUCUCGCAGGUGCUGGAGCUGGGGAUCGUAGUGCACUCGGUGAUCAUCGGCAUGUCUUUAGGUGCAUCUGAGGAUGCUACCACGAUCAAACCACUCGUGGCUGCGCUAACUUUUCAUCAGUUCUUCGAAGGGAUAGGGCUCGGAGGAUGCAUUGUUCAGGCUCAGUUUCGCCUGAAGUCUGUGUUGAUGAUGGCAUUCUUCUUCUCACUCACCAUGCCACUUGGUGUCGUGAUUGGCAUCGUGAUAUCCUCUACUUACGACGAGAACAGCCCUAGUGCACUAAUUGUGGAAGGGCUCCUUACCGCUGCCGCUGCAGGAAUUCUGAACUACAUGGCUCUCGUCGAUCUUCUAGCUGAAGACUUCAUGAACCCUAGGGUGCAGAACAAUGGAAGGCUGCAGGUCAUUAUAAACAUCUCCUUGCUCGCCGGGACAGCUCUCAUGUCCAUGCUUGCUGUAUGGGCUUGA